AUGGCACAUCUACGAGGACUCGCUCUCGCCGAUCCCAAAUACUACCAGCCGAAAAGAAUUGACCUCAUUAUCGGCGCAGACAUGAUCGCCCAAAUAUUGGAGCCGGAAACCCGCAUUGGCCAUGUUAACCAACCUAUUGCCCAAAAAACUCAUUUGGGAUGGAUCCUGUCGGGACGAAUAAAUUCUGACACGCCUUCUAUUGUCACUAUUCGCUGCCACCACAGCAAUCUUGAGCUUGAAGGGCUUGUGCGAAAAUUCUUUGAGAACGAACAUGUGCCCACUUCUGUACCAAUGUCCGCUCAAGACCAGUGGUGCGAAGAUUUUUUCCGUAGCACUUACACUCGACAAGCAAAUGGUAAAUAUCUGGUUCGUUUGCCUCUGAAGUCAUUAUAUGAUCCUAACCAAACUAUAGGCAAGUCGAAACAAAUUGCACUGAACAGAUUUCAUCAGCUAGAGCGUCGACUCCAGCGUAAUGCCGAUCUCCGUGAGCAAUAUGAGGAUGGAAUUGAGGACUAUUUUCGCCUGAACCAAAUUCGCCCAGCUAUGACAACGGAGGAACAGCACUGCUCAACUACCAAAUGUAACCAGCUAACCGUAACAUCCUGUGUACUGCCGCAUCACGCGGUGGUGAAAGAAACGAGUGUCACUACCAAAUUACGCAUUGUCUACGAUGCGUCCUCGAAAACGUCAAAUGGACGUUCAUUGAAUGAUUUACUAUGCACUGGCCCACCAUUACAAAACGACCUUUCGGCUGUCAUCCUGAAGUGGCGACUGCAUAGAUACGUCUUCUUGGCCGAUAUACAAAAAAUGUAUCGAUGUAUCGACAUGAACCUAGAGGAUUCAAAUUAUCAACGCAUAUUGUGGCGCAACAAAGAUGGACAUGUUUGCGAAUACUGUCUCACGACGGUGACCUUUGGAACAGCGUCCGCGCCGUACACUGCAAUUAGAGUUCUUCAUCAGCUCGCGCACGAUGAAAAACACCGAUUCCCCCUCGCUGAGAAUAUUUUGCUUCACGAGAUGUACGUUGACGAUGUACUAAGCGGAAGUGAUUCAAUUGCUAAUGCAAGACUGUUGCGUGAUCAACUGAUAGCGGCGUUAAAGUCAGCUGGCAUGGAACUCAGAAAAUGGUCCAGUAACACUCCUGAACUUUUGCACUCUAUUCCAUACGAGCAUCAAUCGUAUGAUCCAGCACAACAACUCAACACUAACGAGACGAUCAAAACGCUUGGCCUGCAUUGGCAGCCGAAUCUCGACUCUUUCACUUUCUCAGUCAAAUUUGCUAUCAACUCCAGCGCAACAAAAAGAUCGGUUCUGUCAACCAUUGCCCGUUUGUUCGAUCCCCUUGGAUUUCUUACCCCGAUUACUGUAGCAGCGAAGGUAAUCCUAAAGGAGAUUUGGGCAACGAAAAUUAAACGUGAUGAUGAUCAUUAUGUAGCUUUAGGUUGGGAUGAAGAAUUGCCUCCGACUAUCAAUGCAAACUGGCAAAGGUUUGUUACUGAAUUGCCACAGGUAAAGGCGAUCUCUGUUCCACGCUGGUUACAUUACUCGCCGCAACAACAACUUCAGUCGGUAGAACUACAUGCAUUCUGUGAUGGCUCCUCCUCGGCAUAUGCUGCAGCGGUAUAUUUACGCUUGCACUACAGCAAGAAGGACAUUUACACACACCUAGUCGCCGCUAAAAGCAGGGUCACGCCUAUCGGCUCACUUACAAUCCCUCGAGUGGAGUUAUGCGGCGCUGUGCUGGCAUUGGAUCUCUCCAAUUGGGUUCAGAACACCCUCAAGCCAGUGUAUGGAAAACUGCCAGUCUACUUCUGGUCAGACGCAAUAAUUGUCCUUUAUUGGAUUCACGGUGAUCUCAACAGAUGGAAACUAUAUGUAGCAAAUCGUAUAAGCAAAAUAUUGUCGCACAGUACACCUAGUCAAUGGAGGCAUGUUGGCACUAAAGAAAACCCUGCAGAUUGCGCCACGCGCGGUUUGUCACCAACACAGUUGAAAGAUUUGGAACUCUGGUGGAAUGGACCACGGUGGCUAACGCAGCCCAAGUCAACUUGGCCAACUUGUUCCAUUAACGCGUUAGAUGUCGGUGAUACAACACUGGAAGAAAAACCGGCUAAAGUUCAUAUUCAUGCAGUUGUUGCAAUCUCAUCGUUUGUACAACGUUUUUCUUCACUUAAGAAACUUCAACGCAUCACCGCUUGGAUGUUACGAUUUUAUUAUAAUCUUCAGCGUAAAAUUAACCACGAGGGACCAAAAGGUGGCCCACUGACUCCAA